AGUAGCCUCCACGCUGCUCGUGCAGAGCCAAUGCAGGGCUCGAACCCAUGAACCAUGAGAUCAUGACGUGAGCGUAACCAAGAGUCAUAUGCCUAACUGACUGAGCCACCCAGGCGUCCCUGUCAGUUAUACUUCAAUACAGCUAUUAUAAAAUUAGGACAGUGGAGCAAGACUGAUCAAUAAAUUUGCCAUGAUUUUCCUUGUCUUGAAAGCUAUCAAGUUUUUGGUGAAACGUAGACAAGUCAGAAUCAAAAGUUGAGUUUACUUACAGCUAUAAAGUCUGGUUGUAAUUGUAUUCUCUAGUCUGUUUACUUGCUCAAUUAAUUGUUUACCUAUGGUAAUGAUUAUUUUUAAAAUAUACUUUUGUAUUGAAUUGAGCAGGUAGUUUUCGAACAUGGUCGUGCACAUGAAUACCUGUGGGAACUUGUCAGACAUGCAGAUUUCCAGGGUGUUCUCAAUCAUGGGUUGGGGAAUCUGCAACCUGAGCAAGCUUCCCAGGCAACUUUGGUGUAUGUAUCCAUAGAUCACAUUGCAGCAUCACUUCUUAAUAGAACAAUGUUCACGUCAAAAUGGUGCAAACUUGGAUAGACGCUUUGGACCACUGGUGCCCGAUUGAAAAGGAGUAUUCUUGAUCUAGUUCAUUGUCCCCCUGCCCCCCUCCCCCUGUAUAUAUAUGUCCUCUUAUAAAGGACAGUUGACUUAUUUGAAAGGGGCAGCAAAUUUGCAUUUUUUUGUGUGUGUUGGUUGAUAUUCAUGUUGCCUGCUCUCGUUAGAAAAUAAAAAGUGUACAGGUACUAGAAAGAAUUCAGGUGCUGUAAGGUUUCCUUUUCUCUUUUUUCUCUUCUGCUUCUUCCCCCGCCUCCUUUUCCAUUCUUCACGAUAUUCAUUGACCUGCAUUUGGGGUUUUGUGUAAUAAUCAUGUGCUACAUACCGAUCUGCUUCCGCCAGGCCUUUCAAUAGUGAAAGGACAGGGGGAGCAGGAAGAAAGAACCAUCUUACACUUUAUCAGGUACCUUAAAAAAACAAACACACAGUAAGAGCAACAUUAAUUCACCACUUUGAAGUUUGAGAUCAUGGAGAGCAAGAAAGCCUUUUCAAUAUAUGUAUUUCUUUCUGCUUUUCUGGGGGUUGAUUUAAGGUUGCUCACUUGGAGAAUCACAGAUGUGUUGUUCACUCUUGUAACUUAAGAUUAUGCGGUUGAAUGUUCCUUACUGUCUUUUUAGUGCUAUAUUUAUUCUUUGUUUUCCACAGACAUGAUGCCAUCAUUAUCUCAGGAACUGAAAUGGCCAAACAAAUCCAGAAAGAAAUACAGAGAGGUGUGGAAUCAUGGAUUUCCCUUGGGAACAGAAGACCUCACCUCAGUAUCAUUUUAGUGGGUGAUAACCCAGCAAGCCACACGUACGUCAGGAAGAAGAUCAGAGCUGCGUCCGCCGUAGGGAUCCGUAGUGAGAUCAUUCUAAAACCAAAGGAUGUUUCUCAGGAAGAACUUUUGGAUAUAACUGAUCAAUUGAAUAUGGACCCACGAGUCAGUGGUAUAUUGGUUCAGUUACCACUACCAGACCACGUGGAUGAGCGAACAGUAUGCAAUGGAAUUGCCCCUGAAAAAGAUGUAGAUGGAUUUCAUAUUAUCAAUAUUGGAAGACUGUGCCUUGACCAGAAUUCUCUCAUACCGGCCACUGCCAGUGCUGUUUGGGAAAUAAUCAAAAGAACAGGGAUUGAAACAUUUGGGAAAAAUGUGGUUGUAGCUGGAAGAUCCAAGAAUGUAGGGAUGCCCAUUGCCAUGCUUUUACACACUGAUGGAGAGCACGAACGGCCAGGAGGUGAUGCAACCGUGACAAUAGCUCACAGAUACACUCCCAAAGAACAAUUGAAGAUCCAUACGCAGCUGGCAGAUGUUAUCAUAGUAGCUGCCGGUAUUCCUAAGUUGAUCACAUCUGAUAUGGUUAAAGAAGGUGCUGCUGUAAUUGAUGUGGGUAUCAACUAUGUCCAUGACCCAGUGACAGGAAAGACAAAACUGGUUGGAGAUGUGGACUUUGAAGGUAAUAAACUAUCUCUUUUGAUAAGUGAAGAAAAUGAAAGAUUCUCCUUUGCAUGUUUUUAUGGUAGAAAGAGAAACUUUGUAUUUGAUGCAAGCAUUAUUAAGUUGAUAAUCAUUACACCUCUUUCCUCUGGGCAAAAGUUUAGUCACUUCCAUAUUUCCUUCCUUCCUUCCUGCCUUCCUUCCUGCCUUCCUUCCUGCCUUCCUUCCUGCCUUCCUUCCUGCCUUCCUUCCUGCCUUCCUGCCUUCCUGCCUUCCUGCCUUCCUUCCUACCUUCCUUCCUUCCUUCCUACCUUCCUACCUUUCUCCCUCCUUCCCUCCCUUUUUCCCUCCCUCCUUCCCUCCCUCCUUCUUAUCCUCCCUGCCUGUCUUUCUUCCCUUCUUCCUUCUUUCCUUCUCUCACUUCUUGGGAGGAAAAUACAAUUACACCAUUAAUAUUUAGUUUUAUAUUAGGGGCACUUGGGUGGCUCAUUCGGUUAAGCAUCAGACUUCUGCUCAGGUCACCAUCUCCCGGUUCAGUUCGCAAGUUUGAGCCCCGUGUUGGCUUCUGUGCUGAUAGCUUGGAACCUGGAGCCCACUUCAGAUGCUGUGCUCCCUCUCUCUCUGUCCCUCACCCACUCAUGCUCUGUCUCUCUCUCAAAAAUAAAUAAACAUUAAAAAAAAAAUUAAGUUCCUUAUAGUAUAGGUUUUGCAGGUUUUUAGUGAAAGAAUGCAGCUGGCCUUCUGUACCAGGCAUUAUUUUUACUUUUUUUGGAGUGUCUCUAUACUUUGCUAUCCAUGCUAUAUAUUCAG